CACGACCGGUGGAAAAACUGAUUUUUGCGAAAUAAACAGUUCGCAGUUGCUGCAGUAUAGUGUACGAUGCCUUUAUAAGAUUAGACAUGGAUCGUUUGCAAUCAGUCUCGCAUUGACUUCUAGUAGUGAUAAACGUUCACAGUAUAGCUUAACCGUCAAGAUGCAAAGUUACUUAUUUUCCUUGAUCGUCUGCUUUGCGUCAAUGAACUUGUGUUUGGCCUACUAUUAUACCGAAGAACAGCAACGGGAGUGUUUAUUUAAAAAUGGGUUAAAUAAUUCUACCGAUAUUGAACUGUUCAAAGAAUUCAUACGCACUGAUUCCAAGGAUCAAAAAGUAUUUCCCUUGGAAGACCAGUUCAGCUGCGCCGUUGCUUGUGUCUUUAAUUUAGGAAAGCCUGAUCCAUCCGAGGAUAGAAUUUAUCAUAAACUUCUGUAUUCCAUUAAAAACGAUGACCAAAUCCCAGGUGAACUCAAGAGAUACAUGAUGGAUAAAUUGGAUCAUUGUCACCGGCAAGACGAAGGUGACGACUGCAAGUUAUUCAUCUGUAUCAAAUUAUUCAGACCUCCAUUCAAGGAAACUAUUAUAUCGAUUGAAUGAAGAUAUAAUCUUGUACGCGUAGCACGUCGUUGAAGAAGUACUGCGAAACUUCACGAAUAUCUGCAUUUUUGUAUUCAUGAUCGAGCUGUAUACUUAAAAGAAAAAUACGAAUAAAAAAAAUUUUAAAACAA